AUUAUUAUUAUUAUUAUUAUUAUUAUUAUUAUUAUUAUUAUUAUUAUUAUUAUCAUCAUCAUCAUCAUCAUCUGACGAUCUGUAUGAUAUUGAGAUAACGAAGGAAAAAUUGCAAUUAUUAUUAUACCCACCGCAAUAAGAUAAUGCCAAAGUUUGUGAAUACACAAUCUUCUCUCCUUUAUCCCUUUGUGAAUUAUUCAAAGUUGUGUAUAAUAAUUGUCCAGUUUUAAAGUGUCGUCGUUGACUAUACUUUUAAUCUCUUUACCAAUGGAGACUGAAGUAUAAGUAAUUAAUACUUUUAAUCACCCUCCCCCUGUUCUCUGUGUUCCUCUUUGUGAUCUCUUUCUCUUUCUCUCGAUUAAUUGUAAUUGAAUAUGUAAUUUUUAACAAAACAAGAAAAAGAAAAGAAAAAAAAAAGUUACAUCUUUAUAUCGGUGAUUUUAAGAAAGUAUAAAUGCCUAAUAUCUCGAUGAUUCUCUGUUAUAAGGCUAAUGAUAUCACAAUAAUAUGAAUAAAGGAACUUAUAGGCUCUGUAACAUUCGAUGGAGUAAACAUCCAUUAAGCUAUUUUAUUCCUUAAAAUCCCUGUUUUGGUUUAUGAAAAGAAAUGAAUAUUUUGUUCUUUCAAAGUAUUUGUUACAUAGAUUAUUCGAUAAGUUUCAGAGAAGAAAAAGGAUAAGAAACACGAAGAAAUAAAGGCUCGUAAUAUUUGUUAUUUGUCGCUACUGUCAAAGAAUAAGAUUUAAAAUUCGCGCACAUUUACGGUCGGUCACGGUCGAAUAAGUGACAGCGCGCUCCGUCGAUAAGUCAGCUGAUAUAUCAGCUGAUAGACAUGCCGUUUUGUGUCAAAAGUGACAGAAGUGUGCUCAUGCGCAUAUAUAUUAACCGUCGAUUUUUUAAUUCUCUUCCAGUUUAUCGAACAUUGUGCUUUUAUUCGUUUAUUCUUGUCUGGUAUCUAUAAUAGAGUUAUUACGUUUAUAUGAGAAAAAAGAAAAGAAAAAAAGAUCAGCUGUUUGAUAUAUCGAAAUUUAGAAGAAAAUUCAGUAAUAAUUGCCGCCAAUGUCAUAAGAGAGAAUAAUAAUGGCACGAUGUGUUUGUACACGAAUCAAUUGAUUUAAAUAGAUAUUUACUUUGACAUAUACCACGAAGAAAUUGUCAACAGAAAUUGUGUCGGCGCGAUGUGUACCUUUAUUAUCUGGUUUAACUUUGGCCGAAAAUCAUUUUGUUCUCGUAUCUAAAAAGAUUUCUUCUAUUCUUAGAAAAAUCAUUAUUUCACGUUUACCAUUCAAUGCUAAUUUUGAUACUUGACAAUUAUCUAGAAUAUGGAGGCAGAGGAAGUCAUACAAAAUAUUUUUGGAGUUAAUGAUGUCAUAGAAAUGACAAAAACUAAAUCUAGAACAACCAACGUAAAGUUUUUGAGUACUUCAGAAAGUUUGGAUAUGGUGAAGGUUUUCAUUAAAGAUACAUUAUCUAAGUAUGCUUGUGUAGAAAAGUUGACAGACGAUAGGGAGGGUCGUAUAGGGCCUAAAACUGUCAAGUUUGAUGUUAACGCGCAUACUGGUUUAUUCAUUGUUUCGCCAGAUAGAUCGAGUAUUAUUGCUCAAGGAAAUUUUUGUACAAUGAGGGCUAAUACAGCACUUUACAAAGGAAAAUGGAUGUAUGAGCUUCAGCUUGGUUCUAAAGGUGUAAUGCAAGUAGGCUGGGGAACUUCACGAUGUAAAUACGAUAUGGAAUGUGGAGUUGGAGAUACUGUUAACUCUUAUGCAUAUGAUGGCCACCGUGUAAGAAAAUGGAAUGUGAUACCUACUAAAUAUGGAGAAUCAUGGCUUACAGGAGAUAUUAUAGGAUGUACGUUAAACAUGGAUGAUGGAACGAUAGAUUUUUAUAGAAAUGGAAGACAUCUUGGCAGAGCAUUUGAAAAUAUAUCUAUGGGUCCUGGUAUUGCUUACUUUCCGACUGUAAGCUUGACGUUUACUGAAAAUGUCACAGCUUUUUUUGGAGGAACUCCUUUAAGAUAUCCCUUAGAAGGUUAUCAAGCUAUUCAAGCUCCACCAGAAUCACAAGUUAUACAAGCUACAUUUUUAUUUCAAUGGUUUACCCAUGUCAUAGAUUACAUAGUUAGUUUAAAAAAUACAAAUGUUUCGUUGGCUGAUAGAUCAAUGACAGUACAUGCAUUUCUCAUGUGCAUUGCACAAACCAUCUUAAUGCAUAUUGGUCCUUUGCUUACCAUUCCAUAUAUCGUCGAAGGUGUGUUCAUUCCUUUUUUACACGAAAUUUCUGGAAUACAAAAAUACGGAGCAAGGGAUUCGUUGAAAUUUCGUGAAAGUAAAGUAAGAUUAAUGACUUGCUUAGAUCUUCUAUGGACUUUUCUCGAGGAACGAGAGAUGAGAUCUUGUUUAGACAGUACGCUCCUCUAUCUUUAUUCGACGUUCAGGCACGUUUCCUUUUUCCUUGAAUAUUCGAAUCAGUAUAAUAGUUUAAUACUAUUGAUACAAUUUUGUCUACAUACUACGACUCGGCAACACUUUCUAAAGUACCUGCUUUUCGAUCGUGUGAGAUUUGCAAAUUUUGUUCAUAUUAAACCAAUGGACGACAUUGGUCUAGCAAAUGUAGUUCAGCAGCCUUGGUGGGAAACCGAUCCUACUGAUCCAUCUAUUGCUGUAAGGAAAGGUGCAUACAUAGAAGCAUGUGAAAAUAUUAAAGACUCAGUAGAGGAAUUAGAAAGUAUACAACUCUGGUUAUUAAUGACUCUACUUGAUAAUUCUGAUGGUACUGCCAAUAGACCUACAUCGAGGACUAUUUUUCUAAGAAAAUUCAAACGUUUCGUUCAUGAAAAUCUCACAACGACUCGUACAACGCCGCAUCUCCAGACUCCUUUGGUUCUUAGUCUCUGUUGCUUUUAUCGACUUUUGUCUGCAUUCAAAUAUUUAUGGAACGAUGAAAUUGGGGUCAGCCCCGUUUUUGUACCGUGCAAGUUAUUCUACGAUGGAUCAAUCAAUUACUCAGGAAUUGAUAGAUUGGGAGGAGUGUUAUCUCAUUUGAAUAAGACCUUCAAAAAAGAAUUGCUUCAAAUUUUGGGUCCAGAUCACGAAGUGAUCCUUUCUAUGGAACAACCGCAAGAUCCACCAUUCCUCGCAAGACUGUCGGAUUUACCAGUCGUUAUACCUGCAUUUGCUCGCAUGAUUAAUGUUAAUGCAUCAGCGCAAGGAAGUACCAUGUUAGUGGAAAGAAUGGGAUAUUUUAGCAGAGAGGAUAGAACGCCACUGCGUCUAGGUCCAUUAGAUGCUGCUGUGUCUUUGUUAGAAUUAUUAGAUGGCAUUAUAUUGUUUUAUCACGCGGCAGCGAGGAAACAAGUAGCGAAACUUGCUAAUCUUAAGGAUAGCAUUUCUGAAUUUGUAGCUGCUCUUGCUGAAGCUAAAAAAAGAUUGGAUUAUAUUAGGAAUUACGAGGACGAGACCUCUCAUUUAAUUCAAGAAGAGUUGUUACGUUCGAUAGAUGUGUUCAAUAAAAAAUUAUCCGAACAGUCAAGACAAAUGGCUUGGAUUCGUGCUGCAGUAUUUUCAGAAGAAAAGCUAGGAGAACUGGGUUGGUUGUUAAGAGUACUGACAUUAACGUUACAAAAAGCAAGCGGAGAAGGAAACAUGUUCAGUUUUGUACCUGAUUUUUAUCUUGAAACACUUUCUGAUUUAUGCAUUAGCAUACGUAAUCAUAUUCAUCCUACUAUGCCCAUCGAGACGAUACCAGAUUAUCAGGAAAUGUUAUUGGAUAUUGCUGAAUUCCUUUGUUUCCAUUAUCUCGAUCCACGAAUUGUGAAUACAAAUUCGAAAGAAACGCUAAUGUUAACAUUUGCUGGAUUCAUAUCCAAUCCUAUUACACUCGAGGCGCUAGAAAAUGUAUCGCUGCAAAAUAGACUGAAGGUAGUCGCAAAUCUAUUAAGACCUUUUGAAAAUAGAUCAUGGGCUCAAUCGAACUGGAUCCUUAUGAGAUUUUGGCAAGGUCACGGAUUUGCAUUUCGUUAUGAAAAAAGUCCACAUUUAUGUCGAAAGGUCGGACCAAAGUUAUUACAACAAGAACCUAUGCAUCAUCAGCUGUUAAAACCUUAUCCUUCUCUAAUAUAUCAACUGCAUGUAAGGGAUGGAUUAUUAGGGAAACCUCAAAAUACUAUACAAUUCUUAAAUUCUUUGUUGAAUCAAUUAAAUUGGGCUUUCUCAGAAUUUAUCGGUAUGAUACAAGAAAUUCAUAAUAUUUCAUCAAGACCCGAAAGGGUAUUCAUCGAGUCCAGACAACUCAAAAUUUGUGCUACUUGCUUCGAUUUGAGUGUCGCAUUACUAAGAGUUUUAGAAAUGUUAUGCACAGUAGCACCGGAUAUAUUUAUCGAUCUUAGUCAGUCUUCUAGAGAAAAUUUAUUAUCUAGAUUAUGUCAAUUACUAUGUCAAAUAUUAAACAGGAUGAGUUCUCAAACCAGUUGCUUUCAACAAGUUGUACUAUUGGAAAUUCCAGAUUUAGAAUUGAUAGAUCAUUUUCCAAUACUCACCGCAGUUAUCGGAAUAUUGUUGGCAUUACUUAAAGAAGACAUGGCAGAAUUUACACCAAGACCAUCAGCGGAAGUACCUAAAGUUACACGUACGUUAUUGAUUGAACCCAGUUUUCAAAUCAGUUCUUUGUACUUCGUAUUAGGGGAAAGUAAUAUGAAAAUUCCAAAGGAAAAAGAAAAAAGAUUAAAGCCAUUCUCAUUUUUAAAUUAUGAAAAUUAUGUAACCGAUGAAGAAAUUAGUCGAGUCAGAGCAAUGAUAAAUUAUUUAGAUUAUUGUCGUGAUCUCUUACCAGAUUCAAGACUAUUAAUAGAUGAUGAAAACACUUGUACUAUUUGUUAUGCCUUCCCAAUAAGUGCAAAGUUUAAACCUUGUAAUCACGAAACUUGUCGCUUUUGUAUCGAUCGUCACCUUCUCAACACAAGAGAAUGCUUUUUUUGCAAAGCGACAAUAAGUAAAGUUAUCGAUCUUUAUGGUAAUACUUUACACGACUUUUCUAUGGAACUGACAAACACCAAAGAAUCUUGAUCCAUUCCUAGAGACAUUAUCAAAAUUAUGUACACUGUGUUAUAAAAAGUAUAUUUAAAAAUUUGAAAUUAAGUACAAUUGAAAUUAAAUUCUAACAAAAGCUAACAUGUAACAGGUAAAUGUAUAAAAUAUUAUAAUAAAAUAACAGUUUAUUUAUCCGAUA